AUGGAAAUCGCAAGACUCCACAAAUACUACAGAUUAUCCUAUAAUUCUGGCCCCCAAUGGCUGGUUGGUAAACAAUUAUUAUCUUCGCUUCAGUUAGCGUUAAUGAAUAAGAAAAUCAAAUGACAUAAGUAUAAACUAACCUUGUUUCCAAUGGAAAUAAUCUUUUCUUUCUUUCUUUUUUGGUUUCAGUUGUAUCAGUAUCUGCUGGUUGAUGCCAAGUUGAGACACAUGUUUAACUUGGGUCCGUUGUGUGGUGUUGUUACGUUUAUCACCUUGCUCAUGACGUUGAUCGUUAUCGUUUGUUCACUUGUGAGUGCAAAAGCGACCGUCUCGAAUCAGAAGGACUUCCUGGAGUUGCAGAAAGAGGCAGACAAGGUAUUGCGAAUAAUAAUGUCCGGAAAUGAAUCUCGAGGCGAGAUAUUAGUAAUUGCGUGUAAUUUACAGAAAAUCCCGCGGAGGAAAAGCAUGGCGGACAUUAGACCGAUCUACAAUUGUAUUCAUAAGCACUUACGCGACUUAAGUUCUCUGUAUUUCGACAGCUUGGUAAGGAACGUCUCGAGUUGGAGAUUCUGUGUAGUAGAAUAAAUUGUAUCAACAAACUGCUAAAACCCGAGGUAAGAUGCAAAAAGAUUCGCAACGUUUUCGACGUUAUCGCAGAUGAAAUACGAAAUAAGACAAGUUACUUCCUUAACAAUUGGAAAUUUUAUGUUUCUUUCUCAUGUUGCACCGAAUAUCACAUGUGUAAAAUUGAUUUCAAUGCUUAUCUGCUUAAUCUUAAAUUAAAUAAUUUUAGAAAAUCAUGGAACUCUCAGAAGUUCACUUCGUUACGAAAUCCGAAUCUACCUAGGGACGAUGUAUUAAAAAUUCAAAGAAUAAGAUUGAACACUUGCUAUCUAUUCUUCGCGUGCAUGCACACUGUUAGUUGA